AUUUACAAUGAAAAUCCCAGCAGAAACAACGAAAGAAUUCUAAUUUAUCAAAAUACUGCAACAUUUAAAGAUCUCCAGAGGCAGCAGUAAUUAUUAAGAGCAACCUCAUUAUCAUUUAACAAAUGUUCUAAAUAAUGUUAAAUGAUGUUGAGUGCAACAUCAUACAUAUAAGCACAAAUUUCAUCAUUUAAUGCAAAGCUUUUUUUAAUAAAAUACCCAAGCCUGAAUUUCUACUAAUGGAAAGUUGCGAAAAAAUUGGACUUUAAUAUAAAUAUUAAAAAUGUUUAGACUACGAAAACAAAUGGCAUGCGUUUCGGCAACGGCUAUAAAAUAAGAAAAUCAAAAACUCUAAAUAAAAUAAUCGGUUAUUUUAAUCUAAUUAAUAAAGCAAAUAUUUAGAUAAUGAAAAGCUAAAGUACAUUAAGAGAGCAGAUAGAAAAAAUUUAAAUGUUUAUAAAAACUUCGCACCUCAUUACGAACAAAUAAAAAAAUUAAGAAAUUAAAACCCAUAAACAAUUUUUUUUAAUAUAAUUUUUCUUUUCAAAUUUUCUAGAUUUAUAAUUAAAAAGUUAAGUGAAAAACAGAAGAAGAAGAAAUUGUUUCUCUUUCUUUUUUUUCUGAAAAAAAUUCUAUAUUUGAAAUAAAUCGUUUAAAAUAUAAAAAACAUUCAAAAUUACGUCGUAUCACCCACCCACACCCAAAGUCAAACAAAACCCGGCCAACAUGGACAACAGUUCAGGGCCGGGAUUUGAUGAUGAACCACCGCCAGAACCACGGGAUGGCUGGCUACUGGUGCGCAUACAUGUGCCCGAAUUAAAUGUCUACAAGUGUCUGCAAUUUCCCUCCGACAAAUUGGUCUGGGAUGUUAAACAACAAGUAUUAGCCUCAUUACCAAAGGUGGCUUUUUGGUUUAAGGAACUUAAAGAGAGCUUCAAUUAUGGUCUCUUUUGUCCACCCUCCAAUGGUAAGGCUGGAAAAUUUCUCGAUGAAGAACGACGUUUAGGUGAUUAUCCUUUUAAUGGUCCAGUGGGCUAUUUGGAGCUUAAAUAUAAACGUCGCGUUUAUAAAAUGUUAAAUUUAGAUGAACGCCAAUUGAAAGCGUUACAUACCCGUGCCAAUUUACGACGAUUUUUAGAAUGCAUCAAUGGUGGUCAUGUGGAGAAAAUCGCAAAAAUGUGUGCCAAAGGGCUGGACCCAAAUUUUCAUUGUCCCGAAAGUGGUGAGACUCCACUAACCGUGGCCACAGGUGCUAAAAAACCAAAUAAAUUGCUUAUAGCUUUGGUAAACGGUGGUGCUCUAUUGGAUUAUCGUACCAAAGAUGGUACCACUGCAUUACAUCGAGCAGUGGAAAAAGAUUCUUUAGAAGCUGUAACCACCCUCUUGGAACUGGGAGCUUCACCAAAUUAUAAAGAUGGUCGUGGCAUUACUCCUCUAUAUAUUUCGAUAACACGUAAAUGUGAACCAAAAAUAACUGAAAGUCUUUUGCAUGAUCAUGCCUCGUUGGGCACACAAGAUAAUCAAGGUUGGAAUGAGGUUCAUCAGGCCUGUCGUCACGGUCUUGUCCAGCAUUUGGAACAUUUAUUGUUUUAUGGUGCGGACAUGGAUGGCCGUAAUGCUUCCGGUAAUACACCAUUGCAUGUAUGCGCUGUUAACAAUCAGGAGGCUUGUGCUAGAAUGCUUCUAUUUCGUGGUGCCCAACGUGGUGCGCUAAAUUAUGCCAAUCAAACUCCUUAUCAGGUUGCUGUUAUUGCUGGUAAUUUGGAAUUGGCUGAAAUUAUACAAAAUUAUAAAACAGAAGAUGUCGUACCCUUUCGCGGUCCACCACGCUACAAUCCAAAACGUCGCUCCGGUAUGGGUUGGCUUAGUGCUAAUGGUAGCAUUGGCGGUGGUAGUCUUAUGGGUACUUUAACACGUAAUAGCAGCAGUAUUUGUGGUCAUCAUGGACCACCAUCACCGUGUCCAUCUGAACAUAUGCCAUACAGUUCAGCAAGUUCGAGUUUAUCUGAAGGAUCAUCGGGUCAUCGUUCGCAUGAAGAUGAUAUCAGCAUUGUAACAGAUAAAUCUCUUGGUGAUACCAGCGACAUUAUAAGCGACUCUUCUGGCGUUGGUACCAAUUCCGAUUCCGCUGCCUGCUCAAUAGGUCACCCUAGCACAACGGUGGUUUGCAUGGAACCCUAUGCUGGCAAUUCUGUUGGCCAUAUACGCCUACAAGUGGGCGAUGUUAUUGAAGUUGUGGGUUCCACCGAUUGUGGCCUCCUCGAAGGUUAUGUUCGUGGCACAAAUCAGUCUGGUUUCUUCCCAGCCGAAUGUGUGCAAGAGGUGAAUUUACGCCAGAAAAAUAUAACAAAUGUUGCUACAGCGAAUCCAAAUCAAUCGCCCUAUCAACAUUCACCCGCAGCAUCGUCUGUUCACCAGGGUUCACCACAAUUGAGUUUAGGCGGCAGUUCGGGUAUUGGCGGUAUGGGCAGCAUGGGUGGCACAUUGCCACGACCCAAUCUAAUGCAUCAUCAGUCGCCAUCGUUGUCGGUGAAUAGUAAUGGUUCGACACAGGCUCUAAAUAAUGGUCAUCAUAUGGGUAUGAAUGAUAAUACCAUGAAAAUGGCGGGAGGUGGAGGUGGUGGUAAUCAUCAUCAGAUCGGUCAAUAUAGCAGUGCUACAGCGCCAAGGGUUAAGAAAAGCGCCUUCAACGAACCUCGUACCGUCGUCUUACAUCGUGCCAAACGUGGUUUUGGCUUUAUAUUGCGUGGCGCCAAAGCUUCUUCACAACUAAUGCAAUUAAAGCCGUCUGAUCGUUUUCCGGCUCUACAAUAUCUAGACGAUGUCGAUCCUGGCGGUGUGGCCGAUAUGGCCGGCCUAAAACCUGGAGAUUUUCUUCUAGCCAUUAACGGAGAAGAUGUACGUGCGGCUUCACAUGAAAAAGUUGUUGAAAUGAUACGCUCAGCUGGAGCUUUAGUAUCCAUGACUGUUAUUUCGCCCCAAUUCCCCAAUCAAAUGCAGGCUACUCCGCAAUAUAUGCCAACGCAUCAUUUGUCUUCGGGUCCCAGCACACCACAAACCUCGCAUAGACAGUGUGCCACAUUGCCGCGAAAAAUGUCAUUGGGACCUAAUGCUGCUGGUGGCGAGAGACAGGGACGUCCGGCACCUUUGCCACCACGAAGAGAUCCUAAGACUACUUUGUCGGUGGGUAGGGCAAGAGCUAAAUCUAUGGUGGCAGGUUUGGAGAAUGGUGGCGAAAAGGAGGAAGAAGAUAUUCCUCAUACCAAAUCUUCUUCGGUGGAGUCUAUUGUAACACCCACACCCACCCAUCCGGGUACACCAGUACAGUUGCGCACUGCUAGUAUUAAGGCCAGACCUACUUCAAGUCGCAUAACAGCCGCUGAAUUGGAAGAGCUAUUCCAAAGGCAACAGGGAGAAGCGGUAGAUGGUUCUAAUCGUUAUUCCACUAUGAUGACUACUUCACGUUUCCAAUCGGGCACUGAUAGUGGAGCAGCUACACCUCCAGCCAACAACAGUUCUCCCCUCAAGGGUCCUUUAGUUUAUGGCAGUGUGGCCGAAAUGAAACGUAAAACUAAGGCCAAGAAUGGCACGCUAAGGGGUAAACCCUGUGCUAUACCAACAGUGGGAGCUGGUGCUCGAGAUUUGAAACGUUUCCACUCUACACCAGAUCUUAAUGCUACGGCCGGAGGUUCUUCCUCUUCUAUUUGGACGCCAAACGUGGGCAAAGGACAUCAUUCGCAAGAUGAUGUAGCCACUCUGCAUGCCUCUAUGUCACGUUUGAAUACCUUGCCGCCGCCAACACAUCCUCCGCCACCACCGCCCGUUGUGGGACAAGUAGUCAAGGUGGAAACUCGUCAAAGUUCCGAGUAUGAAAGCACCUUAUCGUUACAGCAAAAACUAAAGAAAAGGGUAGAAAACGAUGCCGUUACAGCAGGAGCCAUAGAUGGGGUACAGUCGAGCUUUAAACCAUCAGCAAAUGCUAAAAUUUAUGCUUCACCCCAGGAGCUGAUAGCCUGGAAACUGAGACAGAAUCAAGAGAAUCGUCAAACUAAUCAACAGCAGCAACAACAACAACAAAAUAGUCAACAACAUUACAACUCGAAUCAAGCUUUGGGCUUUACACAAUCUACACAAAUGCAACAGCAACAACAACAACUUCCACCGCCGCCACCACCACAACAACUACAACAGCAACAAAUCCAAAAUCAACAAACCCAACAAAUUAGUCAAUAUGCUCAACCCUCUACUCUAACACGUACCAAUUCCAAUACGAAUAGCAGCACUUCCUCUUCCGCUAAUGCCACCGGCCAAUAUGCAGUUAGUCAAACUGCUCUAAAUGGUGGCAUCAUCAAUCAUGCAACGCAAGUCAAUAGCACUAGUAACAAUAACAACAUCACCAACAGCAACAAUAAUGGCAUAACAGCAACAACUGCAAACGUGGCUGCUAUGUCGGGACCUGCACCACCCAUACCCGAACCCGACUACAGUCUCAGCGAGUCAGAUGGUGAAGAUGAAAAUUCCAUAUUGGUGGCACGUAAUACAAAGCUAAACGAAAAGAUUGCUUUAAUUGAUGUACCGGAAACAAGUGGAAAUAGUCAAGCCAGCGCCAGCAGUUCCGGCUCAGGUUCCGCAUCCAUUUCACAUUCACUAUCGGUUGAUGAAAUUCAACGUAUACGCAGCAAUUUGAAAACUUCGAAAUCCCAACCGAAUGGGUUCGAUAAAAACGAUGCCGACAACAAGUCCUCGUCGUCUUCGCCGCCAACGAACGAAAACGAAACAGCCAAAAAUGAUAAUGAUGUUGUGAACAACAACAACAACAAUAAUAAUAACAAUGAAGAGGAAGGAGAUAAUAGUUCUUCGGGUGUAAGUAGUGAUCAGGAGGUAUUAGCGGCCAGUGCAAAUACUGGAGAGGCUGCAGCACCAAAAUCCACGGAUACAAUUAAGAAAAAACCAAGUGUUACUAUAAAUGAAGAGCCAAAAACAAUACCUGAUCAAGGUAAAGAUGAAACAGAUGCAACAAAACUGCCAAAAAUAACAAAUUCGACUACAACAACAACAGCAACUAUGCCACCAAUGCAAACGGCAGCAGGAAAACAGGGUAAUGGGCAGCAACAACAACAUUUAGAAACUACAGCGAAAUCUACACCACCGUCUCAACAUCGCAGUUUACAAAUAACAAUUGCAACAACAGCUGCCAACAACACCACCAAUAACACAACCAAUAACUCCUCAGCAACGAGCAACAAUUUGCCAGCAACCACCAAAACAAGUGUUGCCAAUGCCAAGGCAGCAUUUGAAGCCAAAGCCAAUGCACCCACCACAGUGACAUCGGCCAUACCAAACAUUCCUACUACUGUGACAGUUAAGCAAAUGGUGCAGCAGCAACAUGCACCCGUCAUACAACAACAGCAACAACAAAUGUCUGUUGGUAAGGGCCCAAAAACUCUUUUGGCCCAAACACAACAGGUGGUGGCCAAGGCCCAACCCUCGGUGGCAGGACGUUUGGCUCAGCAGCAACAACAGCAACCCCAACCUCAUAUGAAUCCCAACCAAAAACUAUUGGCCACACAACAACAAAUACUUAUGCAACAGCAGCAGCAACAACAGCAAAUCGCCCAUCAACAGCAUCUGCAACAAAUCCUCAAAGCCAAGGCGGCUGCAGCAGCUGGUGCUGCCAAUACCGCCGCCAUAGUAGCCAAACAGCAACAGCAGAUGGCUGCCAACAAGGCCAAUACUUUACUGCCCACCCAAGACUCCCAAGAGGAACAAAGAUCCGAUGAUGAUGGUGAUCUUAGUCCUUCACCACCAGCCAAAGGAUUCCAACGUCACAAUUCGUUGACGCGCAAACAAGCGGCCGCUAUUGCCAUGCAAAGAGCAACACGAUCAGCUGCCGUUUCGCUGGUGCAACUACCGCCACCCAUUGAGGCUGACAGUGAUACGGAAAUGUCACUGAUAUCAAAUUCUAAAACGUCUGUUGCUGGUGGUGUUGCCGCAACUUCAGUGCAGGAUAAUGAUGAUGCGUUAGUAACGGAGAAUAUUGUUCUAGCGCCACCACCACAAUUUUGCGAUUGCAAUGACAUUAAGCAUGCACCUCAGUUGCAGCAACCACAACAGCAACCGACAAUGCCUCAGCAACAUCAAAUGCAUUUGCAGCAGCAACAAACGUUGCAACAGCAACGUUUGCACCAGCAACAACAGCAGCUAUCGUUGCAACAGCAGCAAGCACCACAACAGCAGCAGCAACAUCAUCAUUUGCAACAACAACAACAUCAGCAGCAACAAUUGCAAUACCAACAAUAUCAACAGCAUUUGCAUCAGCAGCAAUUACAAGCUGCUAUGCAAUUACAAAUGCAACAGCAACAGCAUCCACACAACAUGAUGCAACAGCACUAUGUUACUGGCUCUGGUAAUGUUGCUACUGCUGCUGCUGGUGCCAAUACUGCUGCUGCUGGCAAUAUGGGUACUUUGGGCCGGGUGCGCAUUGUCGGCACUCUACCCAAAACCAAUCAUCAUCGUUUACAUUAAAUUCAUUUUAUUCUUUAGGUUUCUUCUUUGUGUCUUUGCUAAUUUUCCUAAUUUAUGCAACAAAUUUUGUUAACACUUGCAUCAACAGUAGUUUGUUCGUAAGAGUUUUCUUAGUUCGAUUAGUGUGACCCGUUGGCAAUGAAGCGAAUGAUUUGAGGCAUUCUAUUUUGUUGUGUAAAACAAAACGAAUUAGUUUAUUUUCUUUUUUAGUUAUAUACAGUUAUUUUUAACGAAAAACAUUUCCGUUAUUUUCGAUAUUUUGAAUAUUUUACACAAUUGUUAACCGAACUAUGUUAAAGUUUGUUUAAACUUUAAAGAAUUUUCUUUUUAAAUAUUACUGCUAUAUAGAACACCUUUUCAUUAACAAACUGAACAAAUUCUGUAGAUUAAUUUCGAAAAUAUUCAAAUAUUUGCGAUGAUGUUAAAAUCCUGUCUGAAGUCUUCCCUCAAGUGUUACCAUGUUCUCACAACUCUAAAUUAUCAUUAUUCGCUCUUUUAUUCGCAGUUUGCGCUUUGUUUUUUCAUGGCUAAUUACUUGAUUCGCCUUACAAAAUUAAGAAUUAUCUCAAGUUCUGACGACACAAUUAUACACACGCUCUCAUUUGUACUAGUUUAUCGAAUUACUUUUCAGCAUUUUUAUCUAGUCUAUUGCCUACGCAAUGGAAUAGUCUAUCGACUAGUAUCGACUAUUGACUAGUUUAUUGACUAAGGUCGAGUUUUUCUGAUAAAGAUAAUCUUCAUUCUUUGGUUAAACCCGGUUUUAUAUAUGUUUCGUGUUUUUCAGUUAUCAGUAAAGUUACUUAUUAUCU